UUAAAGAAGAAGUCAGAUUCUUGAAAGAAUUAGAGAUUAAACAAAAAUCCACUAUUGAACAAUUGCAAACACAACUUCAUAAACUUAGAAUUUUUAAAGAAGUUGUUGUUAACGAACUUCAGACCAUGAAAGGAGGCUUUAAUCUUCAAAAGGAUUUAGUCAUCUCACUCGAAAAAGAA